AUGUCUCGCCAAGUUAUUGCAGUUGCCCUUAUUAUAAUGUCUGUUGUUGGGGCAUACGCCGUCGAUACAAAAGCCCCAGCUUCCUCACUUUCCACUUCCCCAUCUUCGUCCCCUACCGGCAGCCCUUCCGAUGCCCCCGAUUCUUCCAUUGGUAUCGAGGUCCCAAAUGAUGACCCUACGGAGGAACCGUCGACCGAAGGACCCUCCGCUGAAGUAACCGCUGACUAUGGUGGUGGUGAUGCACCUGCUCCUGGCCCAGACGCUGCUGAAGGUGAAGCACCUCCGACUGACACUACUGCAUAA